AUGUGUGGAAAGAAGAGCAGCGACUCAACACAACCGCUGCCCACCGCGCAGGCCACUAUGCACGUGCGGCUCAGGUGUGUGAAGGCAGGUAUACCCAUCAUCGAGGAGUGGUGGAUACACAACUCCGUUAACGACUGUACUACCCUCCUGGGAGAGGGGGGCUUCGGCCAGUGCUUCCUCGUGCUGGAUAACCAGGGCAAGCAGUACGUGGCCAAGACCUUCACCAGACACACUACCGACCUGCUGAUGGAGGCACAGUGUUUGAACCUGUAUCGCGGGGUACCUGGAAUCCAGCAGCUGGUUGGGGUGUGCCCGUCCACACUCCAGGUCAUCAGUGAAUUCGCCGGGUUCGACACCAUCUCCAGGAUCAUACGCAGUUCAGCCAUGUUUACCAACUACGACAAGUUGUACGUCCUGAAGCAGGUCUUCACGGCCGUGGACCGCAUCCACGCCCUCGGGAUGUGCCACAACGACCUCAAGUCCAACAAUGUUUGUUUGAGGUGGACUGGAAUGGACUUCCGGGCCACAGUGAUUGACCUGGGGUUAAUGAGGCCCCAGGGGACACCUGUUUACUGCGGGGAACCCUCCCUCCGCUGCUACUGGAUAGCCCCAGAGUUGAACAACCGAGGCAGGUGUUCAAAACAGUCAGAUGUUUAUUCGUUGGGUUUUCUGGUGCUGGAGAUGGGUGUCCUCGCGUCAGUGCAACUGCAGUUGUGGGUCAACGCUGCACUCUCCCUCUGUCCUGCUCGGCGCCCCAAUCUGCAAGAAGGUAUAGCCAUCCUCAAGUUUCUGUGUCCCGACUCGCCCGGGGACUUCGGUGGUGGUCCCGGGGACAUCGGCGGUGAUGGUCGGGUUGUCGGUGGUCACAGGGACCCCAGUAGUGAUGACUGGAGAUCCCGUUGGUCCCUGGGACACCGGUGGUGA